AUGUGCACAGAUAUCAAAAUCCAUCCCACUGAUAUCAAUCUGAUCGUGAUUGCUCACGAAGGCGGGAUCUCACUUUAUAAUUUGAAGCAAGAGCACGUUGUCCGGACAUUUGAAUUGAUCAUUCCGCCUGGAGCCAUUGGAGGAAACUCAGAUCCUAAUGAUCCCUCGGUUUUCGAAGAACGUCGGCCCAAUGUUACUUGCAUUUGUUUUCGACCCGACGGUCUGAUACUUGCAGCUGGCUAUUCGGAUGGUUGUAUGGCUUUUUGGUCUGUCGAGGAUGGCGAAAUCCCCCUGUUGGUCAGAACGAUAGACCGUGAAAAUGUUUUCAAUUUUGACUGGCAAGAGACGCCAAAUACGGGACCUUCGCAGACAUCAUCGUCCUCCGACCUCCCGCCCAGAGAACCCAUUUUCAGAUUAGCGUGGAGUCAUUCUCCAGCUGCCCAGAAUAAUGAAACCCAUCAACCGGAGAAGAAGGACCUGAUGAAGGAUGGCACAAAAUUAGUCAUCCUUGGUGGUUUGUUGGUGAACGAUCCUAUCGGUGUUCAUGUAUUCCAUUAUCCAAAGUAUUAUCCGAACACCAAAACAACCUCUGACCUCGAGGUCCAUGGUCGGAGCGCCUUGAAAGCUUCGAUCGCGCCUGUUGGACACUCUGUAUACCUGACCAAUGAGGUUCCUGACGACUUCCUUUUGAUACCUCGAAAAAGCCCGUACUUUGAUGGUGCUGAAGACCCGCUGGCAAUCUUGAUCAGCUCUACUUGUAGCAAGACACAUGAUUGGUUUCACCCGGGCAAUAGUUCACAAUUUUCCAGCCGCACUGUCCAUGGAUAUACCUUUCCUCCCAAUACCCACAAGGAACCUCAAGAGUACUUCUUGCCUGCCUCAUUUGAUUGGAUCGGAUCUAAAACUGUGUUUAUUAGUCAGUUAUUCGACUUGUCAGAAAUUGCUUACCAAUUUUUACGAUCUUCGAAUGCAAAUACCUCCACACAGCCCCAGCUCGAUCCUCUACCUUUGCGCGGUGGCCAAGCCAAAGCAUCGCCUCUGAUUUCAGCUUCUCUUCAAGACGAUUAUCAACAAGCCUCUAGAGUCAUUUCGGAAUUUUCUCACAAGUAUAGGAUACUCGUGACUAUACACCUGGACUAUAAGAUUCGAUUUUGGGAUUUCAGUCCUGCGCUGCUAUUGCCAAAGACCCAAGGCUUAUCUAAUUUUGAUGAUCUACAAGAUGAAUUUGAUCUGAAGGCAGAGUUUCCCCGUCGAUUGGAGCAUCUGACUGUUGAUAUGAGCGCUCUCUUCCGUCCUCCCUCUAGUAGUCAGCUCAAUUUCAAGUUGGCCGCGCCCGUUGAACUACAGCUAAAUCAAGAAAGUCUUGAUCUAUUGAUCAUUCUUGCCAACAGGGACUCUCUGCUGUAUACGUUUCAUCAACAAACUGCUGCGAUUAAGCACAUCAUUUAUCCUUCAGGAUUGGACACGCCGCCCCCUUUAAGUCCGUCGGCACAGCCAAUGAACCCUACAUCGCCGCGGGUCGAUUUGAGUCAAGUUAGACUUCCAGAGUCACCGAAUACACCCAGCAAGCGACCCUUACAGCUACUACAACUGGGAGGGAAGCCAUCAGAACCUGCCGAUAAAAGCCUUGAGAUGACUGCCUUGACUUCAUCUCAAGAUUUUAUCGUAAUGCCAAGUGGAUUUUCACCGACCGCAUUGAUUCAAAUCACUGGAUCAAAAGCACUCAACACUAGUACCAGUGGUCGGGGCGAGGGUCAAGGUGGUGUCAUAUAUGCUCUGACAGACAUUGGCUUUCUUGCCAUCGCACAUCCUCAGGAAGAGUGGAUCAAAGUUGUCGACUUGAGGAAGUCCAAGCUGCUCUUUAAUGAUGUGAUUCGUCAUGAAUAUAAAUCCAAAUGCAAGAGCAAGGAAAAUGCAAUCUGCUGUAUGCACUGGACUAUCGCUCGUACAGAAUCUGGUUCUCCUACCCUUCCUCGACUUUUGGUUGGUUAUGCAAACGGAGUUUUUAACGUGAUCAACUUGACUCCCUCUGAUAUGGCGUCAAUUGACAAUUGGAGUGCAUCAUCGAACGCCUCUGAUUCGUUCAGAUGUGAUCUAAAUCACAAAACUAGCACCUCAAAUCAUCCGAUUUCGGUUUUCCUCUUCGACUCGGAUGGACGUCCUUUACUAGCAAAUCUCUCCAGCUUGCGACAUGCACUGUCUCAAGAUACACGCAGCAAAGCAGUUUUUCAGGACGAUUCAGGCGGAUCGCCCACAGUAUCGCUGGACUCUGUUUCGAUCAUCGUUUUCUCGCAGUCGAUCGUCGUUCGGAUGAACCUCAAUGGCCCGCAGCUCCUUUGUCGAGCUGAUUUAUCAUCGGAACCAAUCGUCCACGCUUCGACAAUAUCCUACCAAGGCUCGUAUGCGCUCCUUCUGAUCGACCAAAAGAGGGCUUGCCACAUUCUGUCUUUACCCAAGUUGGAAACAAUUUGUCGGACGUGUUUGCCAACUCUUGAUGGGGCCGGACAGAUGGGAAAUGUUUCUGUUGAUGGCUCUGCGGAUGUGCUAGAGCAGUCAAGCUCAUCAUCAACCACUCAAUUGACUACACUGAUUUUCGGUCGGGAUUUGAUGUAUUCGCCGGCGCUGAAACUUCAUAACCCGAACAUUUCUUUGCCCGAUCCGCCCAGACCUUACUCUUCACUCUUGACCGCUAUGACGACCAAUCUAACGCUUAACAUAGCGUCCUGGUUUACUCAACAUUCACAUGCCAACGAAGCUCAUGCAGGAGGAUCUGGCACGACGAGAGUGACCGGUGCAGAGCUGGAUUCGAUCAUUGCCGGACCGCACCGCCCAGAAGGCAAGAAAACAGUGCCCCAGCCUCCCCGGGCGACCGUGAUUCGAUCGAAGAGCUUCCUCCCAUACCAACCUCAAGCCAGCCGUCGACGAUCGCAUUCCAAGGAAUAUUCUUCCAAGGACCGGGCCACGAGAACUUCAGCUACCACCAGCUCAGCAUCCGGCGCCAAAAAUCAGCUCGCCCAGAAUAUCGACGGCUUGGACGAACGCUCCGAUCGGCUGCGGUUCCUUAAUGAACGCUUCGACGACAUGGCCGAGGCGUCUAACGAUAUGUUGAAUCAAGCUAAACGUAUCGCCCAGCAACAGGCCGCUAAAUCUACGUUUUCUACUGGACUGUCGAGCGUUAAAUCUCUUUUUAAAUAGAUCUUCUUUCUUUCUUUUUUUUCUUUUGUUGAUUUACCUUAUACCCUCUCUCCUUUUUUUUUGUAGCUUCUUCCUUCCUUCCUUCCUUCAUUUUUUUUUCUUUCUUCUUUUUUUUUUUACGUUGUUGAGGGGAAGGAGAGAUACAGGGAGGAAGGAAGAGGAAGAAAUCUUAAAGCACUGGUUGCUCCGCACUUACCUAUCGUUUUUUUUUUCUUUCUUUUUUGGACAUGAAUCAAAUACAUAUCCAUGAUGGCUGUUUGUUUUUGUAUGAUUUACAAAGGUUGU